AUGGAGGCUGAUGAGACGUCGCAUCUUCAUGCUGGCGAGGACGAGGACAGAGGAGAUGCUCCCAUGGAAAAGCCAAGGGGGCCUGUCUAUUGUGUCUGUAGGAGACCUGAUAUCAACUGUUUCAUGAUAGGCUGUGAUGGCUGCGCCGAGUGGUUUCAUGGUAACUGUGUGGGCGUGUCAGAGAAGGCAGCCAAAGCCAUCCGGGUAUGGUUCUGUCCAUCCUGUCGAGAGGGGGAUCCAUCUCUGGAGAUUAAAUAUCGUCAGAAGAAGACAAAAGCGGUGGAGCUGGAGGAGGAUGGGAGCUCACCUCCACAUGCUAGAAGUGACAGCAGGCGCAGCUCACAGCAAAUCAAACGUUCUGCUCGCAUGUGCGGCGAGUGCGAGGCCUGUUUGAGGACGCAAGACUGUGCCACCUGUGAUUUUUGUAAAGACAUGAAGAAAUUUGGAGGACCCAACAAGAUACGUCAGAAGUGUCGACUGAGGCAAUGUCAGUUCCGUGCACGGAAGAUGCUUCGCAACAAAGAAGAAGAAAUGAUUCGCCGUGGUGCGAAGGGACGUCGGGUCCUCCACAGGAACGACGGUGGGAAUCUUACAGACGAGGAAGAAGAGGAAGAAGUAUUCAGUGAAAGUGAGCUUGAGCUCUACCAGCAGUACAAAGCUGCUGGAUUCGACGACCUGCUAUGGCACAGUGAGCAGGAGGAAGAGGAAGAGGAGGAAUCGCUGAGAAAGAAGGCGGUGAAGGUGAAACACGUGAAGAGACGAGAGAAAAAGCCAGAGAAGAAGAAAUCACUCUCCACCCCCAAAGAGGAGGUGCGACGUCACAAGGCAAAGCAGCGACACAGGGGGCGCGUGCGGCAUAGUGAAAGAAGAGGAGGAGGAGGAGGUGAUGGAGGAGAAGCUGAGGCUAAGGAGCUCGGCAGCACUCUGCGCCAGUGUCUCGGACCCGGUUGCAUCCAAGCGGCCAGGACUUCCUCGAAAUACUGUUCUGACGACUGUGGGAUGAAGCUUGCAGCCAACCGCAUCUACGAGAUUGUCCCCCAGAGGAUCCAGCAGUGGCAGCAGAGCCCCUGUGUCGCUGAGGAGAUGGGGCGGAAGCAGCUGGAGCGAAUCAGAAAGGAGCAGCAGGCUACCAGGUUGCGCCUUACUCUGAUGGAGAAGCGCUUCCACGAGCUGGAAGACAUCAUCGCCAAUUCCAAACUUCACCAGGUUCAGCACGAUGAGGAGGCCAACGAAGGGGACGGCGACGACACGGACCUUCAAAUCUUCUGCGUGUCCUGCAGCCAUCCUGUCAACCCCAAGGUGGCACUGAGGCACAUGGAGAGGUGCUACGCCAAGUAUGAGAGUCAGACUUCCUUUGGAUCCAUGUACCCAACACGGAUCGAAGGAGCCACGCGCCUGUUUUGCGACGUCUACAACCCACAGAGCAAAACCUACUGCAAAAGGCUUCAGGUGUUGUGUCCGGAACAUUCCAGAGAUCCAAAGGUGGCGGCAGACGAGGUGUGCGGUUGCCCUCUGGUCAAAGAUGUCUUCGAGCCCACUGGCGAGUUCUGUCGGGUCUCAAAGAGGAAGUGCAACAAACAUUACUGCUGGGAAAAACUCCGCCGGGCUGAGGUGGACCUGGAAAGAGUCCGUGUGUGGUACAAACUGGACGAGUUAUUUGAGCAGGAGAGGAACCUGCGGGCGGCCAUGACCAACCGGGCAGGCUUGUUGGCGCUCAUGCUGCACCAAACCAUCCAACACGACCCGGUAACCACAGACCUUCGCUCUGUCAAAGACCGCUAG